AUGAUUAAAACUGAUCGCCGUCUGCCUCCCAAAUCCAACACGAAUCCCCGGCCCUCCAAGCGCCAGAAAACUACACCUAUCCAUCCUCCUCAUGAACCCCAUCAUUCUUCCACUUCUCCCUCCCUUACCCCCGUCGUCAACGACACCCCAUCAUCACCACCACCCUCACCAUCUAAGCCUGCCAAAUCACCAAAGCCUUCUCCACCUUCCUUCACCGAGGUCGAUUCCCUGAGGAAACAGGCAGAGCCCUACCGCCUUGCCGUCGCUGAGCUACCCGUCCAUCUCCUCGACUCCUCCUGGUCUCGCGGCAGUAACAGGCCCCUCGACCACAACCAUGUCGCCCAUCUUUGUCGCUCUUUCCAGAAUGGUGGGCUCGCACGUCGAGCUGAGCAGCACUACAUCCAGGUCUCGUGCAGUGCCGCCGCCGUUCAAAAAAUGAUCAACGACCUCCCAGAUACUGAUCAAAGCCAUGUCCAGGACCGACGUCAACAUGUGUUAUCGUUCAGAAACUGGGCCGAUUUCAUUGAAGAGAGGCCCGAGCUCAUGGCUGGCCAACAUCGCAUCGAGGCCUUGAAAGAUUACGUGAAACAGACGCAUUCCGACUCAAACGAUUUAUGGUGGAUUUGCGAGUUUUACGACAAAGGUGUGACCCUUCUCAAUUACGGUUCCCAAUACUGUUGA